CAAGUUUAUUACUCACAAAAUUCUACAUUAAAUGAUAGAACAUUUCUUAUACUGGGUGGUCCAGAAGUCUGAAAACGAUUUUGUUCUGAAGAAACUAUCAUUUUUUUUGCCAAAUAAAUUUAUAGAACAGUUGUUUUAGAAACAGUUAGAAACAUGAAAAGUCAAAUAACAGAAUUUUUCGAAAACCAAACAGUUUUUUUAACUGGCGGAGGAGGCUUUUUAGGUAAAGUAUUGAUUGAAAAACUUCUACGAGAAUGUCCCGAUGUAAGGAAAAUUUAUAUGCUGAUGCGACAAAAGAAAGGAAAAACACCCAAGCAACGUUUGAAUGAACUUUUUAACUUUCCAUGUUUUGAUUACAUUAAAGCAAACAAUGCAGCUGUAAUUGAAAAAGUGUGCGUUAUAAAUGGUGACUGUCAAAAACCCUUUUUGGAUUUGAACUCUGAGAAUGCAAGAGUUUUAAAAGAAGAAACUACUUGUGUUAUUCACGCUGCAGCAAGUGUUAGGUUUGACCAAACACUAAAAGAAGCUAGUUAUAACGUUCGUGCCACGAGAGAUAUUCUGGAAUUGGCUAAAGAAAUGGCAAAUCUAAAAUGUUUCAUUUUUGUUUCAACGGCUUUCUCGAACUCACUUAAUCCUCGCAUAAAAGAAGAUUUUUACGACCCGCCAAUUGAAGCCGAAAAGUUACUGAAUGUUGUAAAUGCCCUUAAGGACGAUGUACUCCAAAAACUCACUCCACAACUUUUGGGACAAUGGCCCAAUACUUAUAUUUAUACCAAAUCAGUUUCCGAAAGUUUGAUCAGAUCCAUCGAUACAUUUCCAACUGCUGUCAUACGUCCGGGAAUUAUACUCAGCUCGGUUAGGAAACCAAUGCCAGGAUGGAUUGAUAAUUUUUAUGGCCCUGUUGGUAUAGCAACAGGUGCAGGUUUAGGUGUUUUGAAAACUUUCCACGCCAAACGUGAUGCUGUGGCUUCCAUGGUACCAGUUGAUUAUGUCGCUAAUGCAGUUUUAUCAAUUAUGUGGCAAAUUGGUACUCAAAAACCAAGAAUUCCCAUAGUCUACAAUUUUGCAGGCCACAAAAGAAACCAGAUAACUUGGGGCGAGUUUACAGAAAAUUUAAGAAGACUUUAUUGGAGUGUUACCCCUAAAAGUGCCAUUUGGUACGUUUCGUUUGUAUUGAGAGAAAAGAAAAUUUCCUAUAAACUGACAACCUUUUUUUCACAUACCCUAUUUGCAUAUAUUGCCGAUUUUGUUCUUUUAUGCUUGGGAAAACGUACUCUAGCCGUCAAAAGCUAUGCUCGAUUACAUAAAGUUCUUGACUUGAUUGCAUGGUUUUCAACAAAAACAUGGCAAUUUGACGAUGGUAAUGUCAUAACAUUGUGGAACGAAAUGAGCGAAGAAGAUAAAAAAAUAUAUGAAUUCAAUAUGGAGAAACUAAACUGGAAUGAAUACAUACGUGACUGUGCCUAUGGGAUGAGACAUUUUUUGCUGAAAGAGUCAUUAGACACUAUUCCUGAAGGCAAGAGAAAAAUUAAAAUUAUGUUUGUGGCACAUUACGCCAUUAUUGCAUUAUUCUGGUUCUUGAUGUAUAAGCUUAUGUUGUUCAUGUUAGGAUUAUUUUUCUAAAAAUGUUAAAAAACUGUAGUUUUUUUAUUUUUUUUAUUGGUAACGUGAUUGUAUACAAUUUUAAUAAACAUUUUUUUACUUCA